AUGCUGAUAAGAGUGAAGACAAGUCAGUUGACAGAAAUCCAUCACUCUUUGCACAGUGCGGAACCCAACUGUCCCCAAAAGAACGUUCUCCCAUCUGCAUUCAUGACUGAGAGACCCAUAUUUACAAUUGAACAUGACUUGCUCGCAUUAAACCUAACCAACAUCACUGAUUGUGGAGAGGAAAUCCUACCUUAUGGGGAUAUUGAGAAGAUUGUCAUUGGAGUGGUGUUGGCCAUCAUCACACUCUUAACUAUAGCAGGCAAUGCCCUCGUCAUCAUAUCUGUGUGCAUUGUCAAGAAGCUCAGACAACCUUCCAAUUACUUGGUGGUUUCAUUGGCAGCAGCGGAUCUGUCUGUAGCUGUGGCCGUGAUGCCCUUUGUCAUUAUUACUGACUUGGUUGGUGGAAAAUGGCUCUUCGGAAAAGUUUUUUGCAAUGUGUUUAUUGCCAUGGAUGUAAUGUGUUGUACAGCAUCCAUCAUGACCUUAUGUGUCAUCAGUGUUGACAGAUACCUUGGAAUCACACGCCCACUAACAUACCCAGCAAGACAAAAUGGAAAGCUAAUGGCUAAGAUGGUUUUCAUUGUUUGGCUUCUUUCUGCGUCUAUAACGCUCCCGCCAUUAUUUGGAUGGGCUCAGAAUGUUACCGUAGAACAGAUGUGUCUCAUCAGCCAAGACUUUGGAUAUACAGUCUACUCAACUGCAGUUGCCUUUUACAUUCCAAUGACGGUCAUGCUCGUCAUGUACCAGAGGAUUUUCGUAGCCGCUAAGAUAAGCGCAGAAAAACACAAGUUUGUAAACAUCCCCAGACUCUAUGAACAAGAAGGCAUAUAUUGCUUAGAAGAUAAAAACGCUCCGAAGAAAAAUUCUAAAAAAAACAAAGCAGUUGAAGAAUUUGCCACUUUGUCCAAGCUCAUACGUCAAGAUCGCAAGAACAUCUCCAUCUUCAAACGUGAACAAAAAGCGGCCAGAACUCUUGGAAUAAUAGUCGGAGCUUUCACGUUUUGCUGGUUACCUUUUUUCUUGUUGUCAACAGCUCGGCCUUUUAUUUGUGGAAUAAUGUGCAGCUGUAUGCCGCUGAGGCUAGAGAGGACACUUCUGUGGUUGGGCUAUACCAACUCUCUUAUUAACCCCUUGAUUUAUGCCUUCUUUAACAGAGAUUUAAGGACUACCUUCUGGAACCUGCUCAGAUGUAAAUAUACCAAUAUAAACAGGAGGCUCUCUGCUGCUAGCAUGCAUGAAGCACUAAAAGUUACAGAGAGACACGAGGGAAUCCUGUAA